ACUCUAACCGAUACCUCCUUACCGUCCACUACGUGUCCGUCGCCCACCCGCCCCCUAUAACUCACCAUCAUCCAACAGUUCCUCUCACCUGACUCGGACAUCUUCUUUCGUGAUAUCGCUGCUGAACCCGACAAAAGAGCAACAGAAAAGAACCAAGUCAAGAUUGAACACUGGAAAGCCUGGCAUUGGAAAGGAAAACCUCCAAAGGAACCGAACUUUUAAGAACCAGAGAAGACUGUACCAAUAAUAAGAGAAUCUCAUUUUUGGUUAGCUUUUUGGGCAUUUGGCCUCCAUGAAGGCAACAUUGUGAUAACUGUGUCUGGAUUACUCGACCAAAGGGAAUCAUAAGGAGAUACCUGAAGUGAGGAAAACAUAUCUUGGAAAUGAUUUGGUCAUUGGAUAUCCCAAUUUGGAUCACGUUCAUCAGGAAUAUUCAUCAGCAACGGAUCGGGACUGUUUCACUGAACUAAACAUGGAAGGGGGCUUGACAUGCCCGAGCUUACUCCUCUAAAAUCACUACGAAAUUCAGGGUAGCCAAUAGCCUUGGGACAAUAAAACGUGGAUGACUGGAAUAUCAAUGUUCACGUGUGGUCAUCACAUCCUUUUUAAAACUAGGAACUAAGGGAUCUCCAGAGACUUGUCAGCACAAAGGAAAGAACUUGUGUAGCUGGCGUUAAUAAUUCAGUGACAAAUUUCAUUUGCUAAUGGAGUAUUGCUUAAGAUAGAAACUCUCAAGUCAGAUUCCCAACACAUGUCUCAGAAAGAACGUGCACAGGGCACAGCAACAACGGCUAGAGGUCGCCCUCGAAAAUUGGAUUCAAUGAAAGUGGCCUUUAAAAAACAAAAUUUCAUCAAGUGGCUCUGCGGCAUGGGGCUUACAUCGAUCGUACUCUAUACAUUCUUUCAUAUGGGUGCAUCGCAUUCCAACCAGCGUUCCACGGAUGGUGGCAAAGGUCGGGCAGGAUUAUAGACUACAGUUGCCAUAAUGUUUUAUCGUCAGGAACUACUUUGAAAGAACUAUAAAAUUGGCUGCUAGACUUGGAAAAACACAUGGACUCUUGGUUGCUGGACAGAAAUUUCCACAGAAGAUCGAAAAGGAUGAGAUUCGUUGAUUCAAGCAAACUGAAGAUCAGUUCUGUGGAUCUGCAAGGAUUCUAUGCAAUGACUGUCCUUCAUCUGACGUCUGACGCAUGACGCAUCUAAGAUGAUGACAGUCAUGUACUGAAACGAACACGAUGGCCAUCUUGCAACAAGAAGCAUGAUAUUGGAGUGCUUGUCCUGUGAUGCUAUUCGUCAUCGCUAAAACUUGACCAAAGGUUACAAGUGUGUGAUAUAAAAAUCGCUAAAAAAUGUCACAUGGUAGUCACAUGAGGGAGCACGUUCUACAAAGUUUACACUUCUCAGAGAUAUCACAGCUCGAUCAAUACUACCUCAGUUUGAUCUGUACUAGUUCAUGCACCACUAACGGUCUCAUUGUACAAGCUCACGUGAAUCUCGAAGAGUUUAAGUUGGCCUUCCCCAGUUUUGUACAUCAGUCACAAGCUUCGGCGAACCUGCUUGUCACAGCUUUUUGUUGUGUGAUUCGAUGACGACGUACCCCGAAACUGGGCAUUCUUGCACACAGAGGAUCUUGUGAAACUGUGUUGCAUUGUGCGAAGAUACAGUCAGUGCGUGUGCGAUCUAUAAAUACUUUCAACUUAGAUUUCCCAGUAGCUCGGAACAAAAUCUCAACUAGAGCACCAACUUCAUGUUGCGCAUUUGUGUCAACUUCUUCACAUUAUGUGCCCUUUAUCCCCGAAAUAGUGGGACGGAUUUCUAACUGGAGACGUUCACUGCCAGAAUCGAUUCUGGGUUGCAUAUCAAUAAAAUGAAUGAGGCCCGAGUUCGCCAGCAUUACAUCUUCAAACCCAAAAUCGGUAUCUCGUCCAUUUCGUCGAUGUCAAGGUGUCGGUGGGGUGCUUAGCUAGCUGCCAGUUGGAGGAUGACUGCCAGAGAUCAACACUUUACAAGAAAUUUAAUUAGAGAUUUGUGCGACCAUCAGGGGCUGAGCCUCAGAGUUUCACCAGUUUGAGUGUCAAUCGUCGAGCAUGUUAUCACAGGACAGUAGAUCGCAGCAGAGCAGUGUGACACUAAAGGAUAGAUGAAACGUUUGUGAAGGCUUGGAAGACGCAUUGCUGAAGAAUCUUGUCAUACGACAGUAAUAAUCGAAUGACCGGUAGGAAGAUGCCAGUUGCGUGUUGGCUGCUCAGAACGGACCUUUCAGAAUCGCCUGACCAAUCUUAGUCAGAGUAGGCUGGUUACUCUAAGGACCUAUCCAGCCACUCAUAGUGUAACAAGGCUACGAUUGGUACCGUCUUUGACAAGCGGUAAAGCAGACCAGAUAUGCACGCAUUGUUUGCCUAAAACUAGGGAUAAAGACAAUAGUGGAUGGGCAGACGCCAUGAAGAGGUCGUAUUGAAUCUCUCUGAGUUGAUCGAAAAGACUUGUGAAAGACUGCUGCUUCUGGGUCAAAUUUAGAAAUUUGAUUGAAUUGGACCAUAUCUACCCAGUGGCUAGUAUCAGCUGCACAGAUGUGGAUGCAGUUGACGGAUGCUACUCGAUCAAACCGUGCUUUCCAGGAUUGAGUACCCCAUCCGAUGAUCUACGGGGAAGGCAAGGUUAUUUGCUGCAUAGGUGUGGAGAGGAUCAGAGAAUGGAAGAGAGUUCACGGAUAGGAAAAGCCGUCAAAUCAGUGACUGAAGAUUGUCCUAGCCGGAUAGGACUGCACUUUCGUGGGAAUAAUGGUGAGUCCUUGUGGAUGGGCCUAAUUGGACACGAGGAAACCUAAAAGGAAAAGGGACGCACGUCGUGGAUGAGGCAGGAGGAUUCGGACGCUGAGCUGUCGUUUUGGAGGCAACAUUUUGUGGAAAACGAAAACUUGACAAUUGAACUUGGAGCUCUUUCCUUUCGUCGGAUUGAGGUAAGGUUGUGUCAUCGAAUGGACAGAAGUGUAUUUACGUUAAGGUAGCGUUCUUUAAAGACACCGAACACCGAACACCGAUCCCCGAUGAGCCAAUAAAAAGACGACCUUAAUGAAAUUCCAUAUCCAAUCAGACAACUCCAAUUCGUUGCACCGAAACUGUGAUUGGAAAUAAACCAAUCAACGAGAGAUAUUAGAAAUAUUCAAUCCAAUCAGGAAGCUCAGUUCGUGUCACAGAAACUGUUCUUGCCAGUAAACCAAUAACAGUAAUAUUCUGGAAUUUCCUUGCCCAAUUGACCCCUUGAGAAGUCGGUUCCUUUUUCCCGAAACUGUGAUCAGAGCAAUUGAGGAUAUUUGGUAAAAUUAUUCACAGAUCAGAGGACAGUGGGAUAUUGAAGGGUCAGUAUUCAGUGCAGAAUCGCUGAACACUACUGUUCUUCUGUAUGUAAGAUAGCACACGAUGGUGAAUUUGAAGUGGUUGUGAGAUUGGAUCAGCUGUGGAAAAUGAAAUAUAUGAUAUUGAGCAAUUUUUUAUAGUAUGCCGAUUGUUUUUCUGGAAUCUUUCAAAAAUGGCCGUCGGCAAACAUUCUGCGGACCUUUGAAUCGUCUCCAAUUAUGGAUUUAUCAUCUGCCACCCAUUUGCCACAAUAUUCGGAUUUGCAACCCAGACUCGAGACAUACCAUAACUGGCCUGUUCGUGGUUUAUCGCCAAAAGAACUAGCAGAAAGUGGGUUCGUAUACAGGGGAUUAGGUACUAGGACAGUUUGUUUUCAGUGCGGUAUACCUUUAAAUGAGUGGCAAUCCCACGACGAUGCGGACAUUGAGCAUGCACGGUUCAGCCCUGAGUGCACAUUCAUAAGACAAAAGAAAGGAAAGGGGUUUAUUAAGGCGACACUUCAAAUGUACGAACUGCCCAUUCCGGCAUCGAUUGAGGCAAGGGACAGGUCGGUAGAGAGCACUGCAACGGGAUACACACGGUUGGAGCGGAAUGAGUACUCUGGCAAUAAAAACGAACAACAGCAACAACAACAAUUUGAACCAAGACGGACACCGGUUGUUCAUUUGCCGCCACCGCCGCGGCCAAGGGCGGAAGCGUCAACACCGAGGCGAAGGCCCAUGGGAGUUGCGGAACCGAGGCAAAUCAGGGCAAGAUUGGACAGUGAUUGGGGAAAGCGGUUACUACAACAAGGGUUCCCCCGCGAACUGGUAGGGCAAGUUUUCGGGGAGAGACUGCAACUUGAAGGGGACGAUUUCCCUUCGUUCCGGGAACUUCUCUUCGCUGUUUACGCCGCGGCAGACUUGCUAGGAAUAACAGUAUCAUCGGGCAGUGCGACAAGCAUUCCACCACCAGCGCCACCUCCGGAAAAUCCAUACCUUCAGUGGGAGGGAAACCAAGAGGCAUCGUCACAAGAAAUUCCGAGACCCUUUCAGCAAAAUUUUGACAUCAGUCAGGGGCUAAACCAAGGGGCUAAUCAAUACAGACCGGAGCUAAACGUACCGAAAAAGGACCCUGAACUUCAAAGCGCGGUUGAAUUAAACAAAGAUUUGAAGCGGAAACUAUUCUGUCACCGCUGUUCGAAUAGAGAGGCGAACAUUUUGUUUCUCUGCUGUAAUCGGCGAGUUUGUUGUGAGGAGUGCGCGUAUGACGUCACGUCCUGUUUGGUGUGUGGUUCUCUGGAGCAGGAACGCGUCAAAGUAUUCGCGGCAUGAGCACAACAUUUUUAAAUAUUAUUCAUAUGAAUUUCACCGGUAAAAGUGUUACUUGGAAUUCAUAUUUCCUCGCUAAAGGAUGGAACGAUAAACCUUCCCUUCGCUUUAUGUCUUAUUAUUCUAAUUAUGAGCAGUAUCUUGUUGCAGUCUUUGCAUAUGUAAAGAUUAUUAUUUUCAAAGCUGAAGCUAGACCACGAAAACAUUAUGCUUUGCUAAUCGAUACUCAAGACGAAACAUAUUUAGUAUUACUCAAGAGCUUGAUACAAACAAGGAAUUAAAACGAAAACUAUCCUGUCGCCGCUGUUCGAAUAGAGAGGCGGACAUUUGUUUUCUUUCCUGCAAUAGGAGAGUGUUUGUUGUGAAGAGUGCGAGUAUGACGUCACUUCCUGUUUGCUUUGUGGUUUUCAUUAAAUUUUUCGCGGCAUAGUUUU